GAGGUGGAGCUCAGUAAGAGAGCAGCUCAGCAGCACACCGGGUCCAUCCUGCGCUCCUCCAGAACCAGCAGAACCAUGAGGGAGAACCUCCAGCCCAGAGAUCCUCACUUUACCCCCACAGGAACUCACUUUCCUCUACAAUGCGGAGUAAAACUGAGGGUUUAAUCAGAUCUCAGCCCUGGAUUACUGUCUUUUACUGCUGUUCUGCUCUUCUGGAUCUGUGAUGAUCUUCUUCAGGUGGAGGAAUCAGCUUAACCAGGACUUAACCAGGAUACCUCUCAAAUGUUCUGCCCGCACUCCCUCAGUCUGGAGACCCAGACCAGCAACACCUCGGCCCUGACUGCCGCGGCGCCCGUCUCCAACCAGACGUCUGGGCCGGUCGGAAUGGACCCAAAGGGCAACCAGACAAAGUCCGAGGAUGCCACGUCUGCAAUGAAUCCCACGGCCGCUGGGCUCUCCAUGACUCUGGGUGUUCUGUCCAACAUCAUCGCACUCUUCAUCCUGUCCAAGGCCUACGCCCGCCUGCGCCGGCGCUCCAAGGCCACCUUCCUGCUCUUCGCCAGCUCGCUGGUGGCCACGGACUUCGCCGGACACAUCAUCCCAGGUGCUCUGGUGCUGCACCUGUACUCCAACGGCGUCAGCCAGGAGCGUAAAGACUCAGACGCCUGCUGCCUGCUUCUGGGUGGCAGCAUGGUGUUCUUCGGCCUGUGCCCUCUGUUCCUGGGUUGCGCCAUGGCGGCAGAGCGAUGCCUUGGGGUUACCCGUCCACUCCUCCACGCCAGACUCGUUUCCACCACCAGAACUAAGAUGGCAGUGGUGACGAUCUGGCUGGUAGCGCUGGUGGUGGCAUUGCUGCCCAUUAGUAACCUUGGAGAAUACACAUAUCAGUACCCGGGGACCUGGUGCUUCAUCCGGGUGCUGAGGAGCUCGAAAGCGACGGACGUGGUGUUUGUGCUGCUGUUCUCUGUGCUGGGGCUCACCUCGCUCGCUAUGUCACUGGUGUGCAAUACAAUAAGCGGGAUUACUCUGGUUCUGGCUCGACUGCGCAGGAGGAAGUGCCACCGCCGCUCCGCCAAAUCGCAUGAUAUCGAGAUGGUGGUGCAGCUGGUGGGGAUCAUGGUCACGUCCUGCAUUUGUUGGUGUCCCCUGCUGAUCUUUGGGCUGAUGUCAGUCAGACACUCCUACAGCAGCUCAGUUCCAGAGCAGGACCCCUACAGGUUCCUAAUGGUGAUGGGGGUCCGCCUGGCCUCCUACAACCAGAUCCUGGACCCCUGGGUCUACAUCCUGCUGCGGCGAGCCGUGCUGAGGAAGAUCUACCGGCUGACCACCGGCCGCACCCACAUACGGGGGAGCACCUUCCGCCGCUGGGAGAUCAGCUCCUUCCAGAACUCAGAGAAGAACACCGUUAAACGGAUUUAGAGGAGCAUCGUUCUCCUCCGGACUGAGCUCUAGAGAUCCUACCUUCAUCGAUCUUUACUGAAGAACUGAAGGUGUGGGAGGAGCGUGCAGAAUCUGAUGAUCUGAGACGUGCCAACAGUUUAGUCUCACAUCGGCGUCUCCUCUGCAGAGAGGCCGACUAUCUUCUACUGAAAUGUGAACAGAGAUCAUGGAUCUGGAUUUAUAAAGCUCUUAAGAACCUCCUUAUGAUGGCCAAAGCCUGGUGAGGAACUGUACAGUGGGGUCCAUAAGGCUGAGUCCAGCAUUAAAAUGUGUAUAAUUUGUAUUUUUGUUAUUUAAUACCAAGUUUUUUUUUUAUUUGAGUCAUAGCUGUGCGAAAAAUGUAUUUAUUUUUACUAUGAACAUAAGAGAUUUCACGAUAAACACUUUGAAAGAGCCGUAAUAUCGAAUUGAAUAAUUGCAAAUUAGGGGUGGGCAAUAUGACCCUAUCAAAAUAUAUCUACAAUAUUUUAGGGUAUUUUUAAAAUACAAAUAUUCUUCUUAUAAUUUUAAGAAUAUACUACUGCGACAAAAUAAAUUUUAACAUUUUUAUUAGUAUAAAUAAAAACUUUAAAAGAGCUGUAAUAUGGAAAUGAAUAAUUGCAGAUUAGGGGUGAGCAAUAUGACCCUAUCAAAAUAUAUUUAAAAUAUUUUAGGGUAUUUUUAAGAUAACAAUAUUCUUCUUGGCAAUAUGACAAAGCAUUGACUUUUUUAGUAAUUUCAAAAAUAUACUACUGCAACAAAAAAAUAUAAAAGUUUUUUUAUUAUUAAUAUAAAAAUAUAUUUAAAAAAGUAUAAAUAAACUUUUCAAGUUCAGUCAGUAGAGACUUACCAAGACCCUGAUUUUGUAUAAAAUAAUAAUAGUAUACGAACGAAUAUGAACAGUAAUAACAAUAAGCAAAAAAAGCAAAAAAAAAAUCAGCAUUUUUAGUGCUGCAAAUUAAUUGCAAUUAUAAACAAAAAAUUAAAAAUAGAUAAUUAAACAAGUAUAAAUACACAGUUUUCAAUAAUAUCUCUAUUAUCAUGAUAUUGAGUUUUUUUUAUGAUAUUAUUGUGCACAAGAAAAUAUGACACACCCUGCUGCAAAUUCAAAUUGCAUUACCUGAGUACAGCAACAGAGGGAGCUCUACAUGCUGCAGAGUGUUAUCAUGUGACAUAAGAAAGCUGGAGGCAGAGCGAGACAGAGUGAGGUAGAGGUCCUGAGUAAAGGCUCACACCAUUAUUAUCAUACAUCACAUUUUUUGUCAAUAUCCUGCACCCCUAAUUUGCAUGCAAAGCACUUAGGCCACUCCCAAGUUGGAGGCCAAAUCCACUUUAGAAUCAUCUAAAAAUAAGCUAGAAUUAGACUCCUGUCUCAUGACUUUUGUCCUGUUGUAUGGAAUCUACAUCAUCUUAUCAUGAGCACACUGGUCAGUGUUCAACCUCACUCACGUAAGAUAGCACCUCACAACUUAUACAUACAAGUGCAAGUUUUGUUCCCAAAGCCUUCCCCGUAGGUAAAACUUACCUAAAGUUUUUUUUUCCCGAUUUAAAUGUAAAAUAAAGCAAAACACAGGUUUUUAAGGUGGUCUCAGACUUUUGGACCCCACUAUAAAUGUCUUACUACGACUAAUUAGGUUCUCAUACAUGCUAAAUGAAAAAGAAAUCGUGGCAAAGUGAAAAUUCAGUGGAUUAAAAGGUGAAAAUGGCUCAAAGCUCUGGUUUUAUUGUGAUUUACCAUUUACUUACCCAUCAGGAAGUCAUGUCAUUCAAGACCUUCUUACAUAUGUAAAUAUGUCCAUAUUGAUGCUGAGUAAAGGCGGAGCUUUUACUCGUAUUGUACAGUAUUGUACUGUAUCUGUAGGCAGUUGUACAGUGUCCUCAUAUCUGUGUAUUUAUUGCCUGUCGUUUGUUUCCCCAAUUAUGUGACUUGAACCAAAGCUAUCUGAUGUAAAAGCUGUUGAAUGUAAUAUUGACCAAUAAAGGUUAAAAAAUGAUUAA